AUCCUUGACAUGUCAACAAAUUUGUCGAUGGUGAGAGUGAGGUUGGAAGAGAGAGGAGUGAAGAAGGAAUGAAAAUAAAGAGUAAAGGUGAGAUCUAAGCAGCUCAAGAAUGAGGUCGUCGGUCAUGGAGCGGAAGAGCAUCAUGGUUCCGAUAAAGGAGGCAAAGGUGGAGAACAAUGUUGAUGCAAUAUUGGACAUGUUCGAUAGGGAAAACUUGGUAGCCAUUUCUGAAUUGAUAUUCGAGAAAUUGGUUGUGAAGAAAUUGGGGUUCAGUUUGAGGAUUGAGGUCAAGAAUAAAGUGCACUUGCUCUUCUUCUUUUCCUCUGAUUGCUGCUGAUUUUUCUUCUACAGUUUAAUGUUGUCUAGUGCUAAUUGUUUGUUUGAUUUGGUAUAAGUGAUAUGUUUGAAAAUCUUAUAGGGAAACAACGAUAUUAUUAGGAUAAUGGUCAUGAUUGUUUUAGUGUAAAUGGCUUCUUUUGUGAUGUUAUAUGUAAUGGUCAUGAUUUUUUUAGGUAAAUGGUGAUUCUAUGUUUGUAUAUUAGCCAUGAUGGAAAUGGCCAUUUGAUUGUAAUCCAUUCAAUGAUAGCAAUGAAAAUUAUGUUUACUG